UCUCUUUCUUUCUUUCUCUCUCUCUCCACACACACACACAUACCUCACCGCCUCCGUUGGCCAUGCCGAGGCAAUGCGAGACAUGCUGCACCCUCUCGUCAUACCGGCUUUCGCUCGGCACCGACUUCAGCCUGCCUCUCUUUGACGUCAUCAUCAGGCUCCUCACCUUUGUCUCGGCUGUCUUCUGGCUGCGAGUCCUCUCGCGUGCCCGCAACACCACUCUUGAUCUGUACUACUCGGUCCUCCUUGCCGCUCUAUUGGAUUUCUUUUCGCUCCUUGUCCUCCGGCUCUUGCCCUUCUCCGAUCACGGCACCGGUGCCCUCGUCUAUGGCCUGCUCAACAUUGCCGCGCUAGCGCUGCAGUGGUGGAUCCAGACCGUCGUUCUGUUCUUCAUCGCCGCUUCAUCUGAUGCUGCACCGGGCUCUGCCCACGCAAAUGAGGCCACCGCGUUGUUGCAGUCGGCUUCGCCCAAGUCGCUUAACGAUCUUGUCGCGUCGCCGCCAGCGACCACGUCCGGCGCCGCAACCGGGGGCUGCAUCCUCGACGCUGCGGCUACCAAGGCCAAGACCCGCGCCACCAUUGUUUCGGCCAUCCUAGCGGCCAUUGCCAUUGUCGCUCUUGCUGUAGACCAUCCGCAUGCCGGCACGGUCCCCACCGAAGCAGCGCUCACGUUGGGCGCCUUUACCGCCUGGGUCUCGCAGUUUGCCGCACCUGGCUCCUUCCUCGCCCGCCACCUUCCUCUACGCAAGCCAGCGUAUCCGUGGGCGCUAUUUCUUGCCAUAUCUCAUCUGUUCUUUGGCGUCACAUACGCCCUGCAGUCGGCCUCGGGCGGCGUUGCCCUCGAGUCCGGCUACUGCCUCAACAUCAUCUCGCUUCUCUACUACUACCUGCUCUUUGCCCCGCUCCUCUUCCGGACCAUGGUUGUCGACUCGACUGCGCUUCGCGAUGCACUGUUGCUCGCUCCGCUCCCGUCGCAAGCCUCUGCCUCGCCCGAGGAUCCACGCGAGUCCGAGGCCGAUCUCCGCGCUCAGGCCCUCGUCUCGCUCGCCGCCGGCCUCCGCCGCAUCGACGCGUCCGCGCUGCAACUCGCUGAGCUUCUCGGUCGGGGUCAGUAUGCGCAAGUCUACCGCGCCGUGUGGCGUGGCGUGAGCGUGGCCUUUAAGCGGCUCAACGAUGUCAACGCCGCCCAACAGCGCGAGCAGGUCGAGGCCCUUCUCCAAGAAGCCAUUCUCCUCGACCAGCUCGUCCACCCCAACGUCGUUCAGCUCUUGGGCAUCGUCGUCACGCCUGGCUCGCUUGGCAUGGUCACCGAGUUCCUCGAGCUCGGCUCGCUCUUUGACGUUAUCACCCGCAUGCGCCGCCGCGACGAGUUCUCGUUUGGCGAGCCCCGCACUGCCGGCAUUCUUGCCGACGUCGCGCGUGGCAUGCUCUUUCUCCACACCUCGGACCCGCCUAUCAUCCACCGUGAUCUCAAGAGCCAGAACGUACUCCUCUCGGCGGGUUUCCGAGCCAAGGUCGCCGACUUUGGCGUCUCGCGCGUCAAAGUCGCCACCCAGCACAUGACCACCACCGGCACGCCGCAGUGGAUGUCGCCAGAAGUCAUCUGCGGCGAGCCGUACUCGGAAAAGGCUGACUCACCCACGUUGCACAUCCGUACGUAGGCGAGAACAUCAUG